CGCCGCGGGGGUCAGGGGGCGGGGCCGGUCUCCGCGCGGGGCUCCGGGGCGCGAUGGGCUCCGAACCGGGGGGCUGCGGCCUGCGCCGCUUCUCCUGCGAGCUGGGCCCGCUCGGCCGCCCCGACGGCUCCGCCGCCCUCCUGCAGGGGGACACCUCGGUCCUCGCUGGCUUGUACGGCCCGGCGGAGGUGAAAGUCAGCAAGGAGCUGUACGACAAGGCCACAGUGGAAGUGCUGCUCAAACCCAAAGUGGGGCUCCCGGGUGUCUUUGAGAAGAACCGGGAGCAGCUGAUCAGGAAGACAUGUGAGGCGGCUCUCCUGGGCGCCCUGCACCCCCGGACCUCCAUCACCAUUGUGCUGCAGGUGAUCAGCGACGCGGGCUCCCUGCUGGCCUGCUGCCUGAACGCGGCCUGCAUGGGGCUGAUGGACGCUGGCCUGCCCAUGAAGUCUCUCUUCUGUGGGGUGACGUGCACCCUGGACGCCACUGGGGCCAUCGGCCUCGACCCCACGGCCAAGCAGGAGAAGGAGGCUCGGGCUGUGGUGACCUUCGCCAUCAGCAGCGUGGAGCGGCAGGUGCUCAUGUCCACCACCAAGGGGACCUGCUCGGUGGAGGAGCUGCAGCAGUGCAUCGCAGCCGCCCAGCGAGCCAGCGGUGCCAUCUUCCAGUUCUACCGGGACUCCGUCCGCAGGAAAUACUCCAAGACGUGAGGCUUGGCCCCCAGCCGGGUCCCGGAUCCCUGCCGAGCGGGGACCCCUGUCGGUGCGUCCAGCCUGUGAAACUGCUCUCCCGGCUCCUGCCCGUCACGCACAGGCUACGCCCAGAUCACCCCAAACCCGGCGUUUGCCGCGAUGAACUCUGUGCAUUGGGGCCCAUUAAAAAGGGGGCAUCCCCCCGUCUGUCUGUGUGUCCA